GAGCGCACUCGUGAGGAGAAGGAAGUGUCCGACUUUAAGCCUGAACGGGAGGCAUUUAAAACAUUCUGUUGCCAGUUAUAUAGAGUGUAAAAAUUGAGUUGGCAGAGAGUGAAGUGUAUUUUAGUUGUCGCAAACUAAAUGUACAUUUUACUUUGAAAUACAUGUAUCCUGGCUAACUUUCGGCAGCAGUGUAGCUAGUGAGUUAGCCGGCGAAGCGACAAGUUCGGGAAGGGAGGACGCCCCGGACUGAAUUUGAAACGCUUGGUUACAAAAAGCUGUUGUUAAGGGGAGGCUGGUGGUCGUGGUGAACGGUGACAAAAGCCGCGUGCUGAAUCAUUGGUGACCGAACCAGGGGCUUUCAAACUGUGGAAAAGUUAGUAGGCGCGCGGGGCCUCUGCGGAGGGAGCCGGCGCGAGUCAGCGAGCAAGCGGCGAACAUCAUCAUCAUGUCUGCUCACGCGCAGAUGCGCGCCAUGCUGGACCAGCUCAUGGGCACCAGCCGAGACGGGGACAGCAUGCGACAGAGGAUCAAGUUUACAGACGAAAGGGUGUGUAGAAGUCACCUGUUGAACUCCUGUCCUCAUGAUAUACUAUCUGGCACGCGUAUGGAUCUUGGGGAGUGUGUGAAGGUUCAUGACCUGGCACUCAGAGCCGAUUAUGAGAUCGCCUCCAAACAGCACGAGUACUUCUUUGAGCUUGACGCUGCAGAGCACCUGCAGUCCUUCAUUGCCGACUGUGACCGAAGGACAGAGCUGGCCAAGAAGCGACUGGCAGAGACUCAGGAGGAGAUCAGUGCGGAGGUGGCUGCAAAGGCAGAGCGGGUGCAUGAGCUGAAUGAGGAGAUUGGGAAGUUACUGGCACGGGCGGAGCAGCUUGGGGGUGAAGGAAAUGUGGAAAAGGCCCAGCAAGUGCUGGAGAAGGUGGAGAAAACACGAGCCUUGAAGAGGGAGGCAGAGGAUAUCUACAGGAACUCAAUGCCAGCUUCCAGCUUCCAGCAGCAGAAACUCAGGGUCUGUGAAGUUUGCGCUGCGUACCUCGGUCUGCAUGACAAUGACCGACGCCUGGCUGAUCACUUCGGUGGGAAACUGCACCUAGGCUUCAUCGAAAUUCGGGAGAAGCUGGAGAAGCUGAUGAAAACAGUAGCUGAGAAACAGGAGCGAAUGCAAACGCGCAGGAGAGACGAAAGAGACCGGGAAGAGGAGCGAGAGAGGGGGUGGGAAUUAGACAGAGAGAGAGAGUGGGAGCGAGAGCGCGAAAGGGAAAGAGAGAGAGAACACGAAAGGAACAGGAGGAGGGAUGGAGGAAGCUCCUCCUUGCAUCGCUCCCGGCGCCGUCGCUCCUCCCGUUCACGCGAAGAAGGUGGAGAGAAGAAGGAGAGGGAGAGGAGACACAAGCAUAAAGACAGACAUCGCUCCCGUUCUCACACUCAUCGCUCAAAGAAAAAGAGGUCCUCCAGAGACAGAUCCUCUCACCCCAGGGAGCAUGAUCAUGCCCAGCACCGGGAAAGAGUGAGAGAUACAGGGCUGCGAGGAGGAGAAGGCUUGGAUGACAAUCAACUGGAGAAGGAACGGUCUGCUUCUUCUCCAGAAAUGACCAGAGAGAGAGUGACUGCUCUGGAAAGGGAGAGAUCAGUGUCGUUGGAGAGAGACCAGCGCUCAAGCUCAUCGGAGAAGGAAUCGGGGGAGAUAUAGAUACUGGAUGGGGAGUUUUGUGUACAUACAAUAUAUAUAAAUAGGACAAGGAGUAUACAUUUAAAGAGGUGUGUGUUGGGGAAGGAGAUGACAGGGGAGCCCAAGUAAGAAAAAAAACAGACCAGCUACAGUUUGAUGGAAUACUGUGGACCAGUCAGUGUAGAGAGAAAUUAUCUCACUGACACUGAUUAGACUGAGAAUUAGUUCAAGAAAAUGAAGGAUUGACAUUUUAAGGGGGAAAAAAAAAAAAAAUUCUACCCAAUAGAUGUUUUAGUAUUGUUGGAUUUUUUUAUAAUUAGUUUUUCAUAUUUCCUUAGAUAUGACAUAAUGGUUAUUUCAGCACAUUUAAAUUCAACAGCAAAAUCUGUGCUACGCUUCCUCCGAUGCAAACAUAUACUGAAAACACCUGUGAUGCAUAAGUAUGUACACUGGCUUUUGAUAAGCUCAUACUUAAAUAGCUGAUGUCCACUGAGUGAAAAAAUCUGUGCUACGGGGGAUGUAAAAAUUAUUCUUACAUUCGUAUCAUGUUUGAGCCUUCAGCACAGAAUCUUUGUGUAGCUUGGAAAUUUUCAAGUGACUUGCACGCCUUUUAGUGCAAGCAACAUUAAAGGCGGAGUUCUCAGCCUUUGUUACCUCUUAGCUGAUAUGGCUUUGUGUCUAAAGGGGCUCAUGGGACCUCUACAAGUGUCAGAAGUUUUAUACGUAGUGAAGGAACAAAUUUCUGGAAAAAAAUGUGACAAUUGUAUUAUUUUUGGGAGGAAGCGCUGUGCAUGCGUUCAUGGAUUUCGACUCCUCUGGGGGGGCAAGUUCCAGUGUCAAACGACUACCAAUAAAAGUUCUGAACUGUGUGCCGCUGCCGCCGCCUUGUGCUGGAAACCAGAAUCUGCUCUCAAGUACCGCGCACAGCCGCGUGUUUACGACUUAUUUAAUACUAUUCGUAUGAACACCCAUCUAAUGCAAUUUGCCUUUUUCUCUGGCAUGAAACAUCUACAACGGACAAAAUCCUAAGGGCGAGAGCAACAUAUUAACAAUAGAAACAUUUGUUUUAUGAAUCAGCGCAUCAGAAAAAAUCGCAGCA